CCAGCCCGCCCGCCAGCCAGCCCUUUCCCCCUUUGCUCCCCACGAGCCAGCCAACUCCGCCCUGGAGCGAGCCAACAAGUGAGGAGAGGCGGCGGCGGGAGCCAAGACGAGGAAGGAGGGCGAGGGGGAGCCAGCGAGCCGUUGCUUCUGCCGGGGGUGAGGGGAGUCUAGGAAGAACUGCCGGGGAAUCUCUCUCUCUCACACACGCACACACACUCACACUCACACGCUCUCUCGGUCUCGGUGCCGCUGCCUCCCUCCCUCUCUUACUCUCCUGUGCCCUUUGGUUGUUGCGUCAAGCCAGAGCCGCAACCCGGGAAUAAUGUGGAACGUGUGGAUACCGCUCGCCUUCGCCUUGGUGGCCUGCGCCUCGGGGGAGACGAGAGCAGCGCUGACCUCUGAUAAAGACCUAUAUCUUGACAACAGUUCCAUUGAAGAAGCAUCAGGAGUAUAUCCAAUUGAUGAUGACGAUUAUACUUCUGGGUCAGGAUCAGGGGCUGACGAGGAGGAGGAGGAAGAAGAUAACACAGUGAUAGUAACAACAUCUAGAAUGCUUCCAAAAAUGCCGCCAACUAGUGAUGCUACCAGGCCUGAGAGAACUACACUGAAAACACAGACCAAGGUACCUACACAAACAAAGUCACCUGAAGAGAUUGAUAAAAAGAAGAUACUCAAGCCUGAUGCUGAAAACAGAAAUAAUAAGAAUGAACCAGGUGAAGAUGCUGAUGUAUUCACUCAAAAGCACUCAGAAAACCUUUUUCAGAGAACAGAAGUAUUGGCAGCUGUUAUCGCUGGUGGAGUUAUUGGCUUUCUCUUCGCAAUCUUCCUUAUCUUGCUCUUGGUAUAUCGCAUGAGGAAGAAGGAUGAAGGCAGCUAUGACCUCGGGGAACGUAAACCAUCCAGUGCUGCCUACCAGAAGGCACCUACUAAAGAGUUUUAUGCAUAAAACUCUUAAAUUAGUGUCUCUGUUUAAGAGAUCACUGAACUUUUUAAAUAAAGCUUUUUUUUUUUUUUUUUGCAUAGAAUAAUGAAGAACCUUUUUUUUCAUUAAAGAGCCUUUAUGGCACCUUUAUGAUAAAAAAAAUCCCAUUGUAUUUAAAACUUUUCAUGUAUUCCUUUUAAGAAAAUGUAAAGUAAAAUCUUAACAUUUUGCAGUGUUCUGUGAAUAACAGUGGCAAAAUAUUAUUUUAUAUAGCCAUUGAUGUUCACUGAAUCAUUUUAAAACUUUAUGCAUAAAUGAAAAUGAUUGUUUUAUCCUAUGGUUCAAUGAAAGUUGUUUAAUUUUUGUCAGCAUGUCUGAUCUUACAAGUUAGUUUUUAUUUCAUUAAUUUAUCUGUUUCCAAAAAUAAAAUAAGAAGCCUUUU